AUGACGCCCAUAGUCGAACACCGUCCCCCGGUGGACACGAUUGGAGAGUCGGAGACCUUCACUGACAGGCCGACGAGAAACGGCUCGAGAAUGUUCUAUGAGCUCAAGGUUCUGCAGCAACCUGAGCGUGCGCGUGCUUGUGGUUCUGGCCAAAAGUCUGCCGCUGACCGUCGCCCUGUCGACCCCCCUCCCGUCGUGCAGCUGCACGUUUACGAGGGCCCUACCAGAGAGGAAGCCCGAGAUGUCACCUUCAACUACAGGGCCAACUUCUUCCUGUACGCCGAGCUCUGUCCUGCUCGUCCCAUGGCUCAUGGACGCGUCAACACUCCCGCCGCCACCUCGGCUCCCGUUUUGACAGGCAUGCCCGUCUCUGGAAUGGCCUACCUCGACCGACCUACCGAGGCUGGCUAUUUCUUGUUCCCCGACCUGUCGGUUCGCCAUGAGGGACGUUACGUUCUGGCCUUCCAUCUCUACGAGGACAUUAAGCAGGAGGAGGACCGCGACCCUGAUGGCGAUGCGGCCGAUGAGGCUCUCAACCCCGCUUUUAUGUACAGGUUGGCCGUCAAGUCGGUUCCUUUCAACGUCUUCAGCGCCAAGAAGUUCCCGGGUCUCACGGAGAGCACAAACCUCAGCAAGACCAUCUCUGAGCAGGGUUGCCGUGUGAGAAUCCGCCGCGACGUUCGCAUGAGGAGACGGGACGGCAAGCCGGCUGGAAACGAGUUCGAGAGCAACCCCGAAAAUGAGUACAGGAACAGCAGGAGGACACAGACGCCCGAGAUCCGCAGCAACGCCGAUCAGUUCCGAGCCCGAUCGUCCAGCAACAGCAGCGAACACCGCGCUGCGUACCCGCCUGCCCCCGAGCGGAGGCCUUCCGCAGUAGAGUCGUUCCAGGCGCCACCGCCGCCGCCGCCGCCGCCCAUGGCGUACGGUCCGGCACCGUCCACCAACGUUCAUCUGCGAUUUGGAUCCGAUGCUUCCAGCGCGCCCUACCCUCCCCACCAGUACGCGCAGCCUUCAGCGCAGCCGCCUCCCAUUUCGCCCACGACGGCUUCCUACCAGUCGAGCCAGCCGUCACCGUACCACCCAACCUCCACCUAUAGCUACGCUAGCCGGCCGAGCUCUCAAUAUGCCGCGAGCAACCCGCCGCCGACGCCCCGCGAUGUGUACGACAGACGCCCUUCUGCCAUGGCGGUGCCGCCCUCUCCCUCCAUCUACGGCUCUGCUCCCGCCCCCAAGGACAUUGACAUGGCCCGACGUGAGUCCGAUUAUAGGAGAGACUCUUUGCCCCCAAGGCAGUUGGCUCCCGUGUCGGAUGCUCCUCCGCAAAUGGGCACCAAGCUGCCGCCCAUGCUUCCCUCUAUCGAGAGGCUCACUGCAGUUCCUUCUCACUUGACCUCCCGCACCGACUACAUUGAAGCGGCCCCCCCUUCGGUGUACAACCAGCCUCCCGAGACCGCUCGUGCAGGCGCCAAGCGCGUCUACGGGGAGACGUUCGCUGAAGACACUCGUCCUCUGUUCGACAGACAACGCCAACAAGAUGCUCACCACGGCGCCCUCUACACCACCCGCUACUCGACAGCUGACUCCAUGGAGUACAAGCGUGCUGACGGCUCUUGCAAGCUUCGGCAAAACAACUCGUAUUUGCCCUGA